UGCCGGCAACAGCUGGGCGCCGCGCGAGGAAUGGAGGGACAUCUUCGUAAAAUAACGCGAUGCCUCGGGAGAGCUGUGACCGAGCUGGAGCGGGUCUCUGCUUCGGAGAAGAUUGCGAACGAGGCAAGGAUUCUCCUACGAGGAAGGCAAAGAAUAGCCGUGCCCGCUCCUUCCGACGCCACUCAAGGUGCCGAGGCCCAGGCGAGUUUCGGAGAACAAGAGACUGCAAGCGUGGGACAAAAGGAUCUCAGGUGGACCUUCCUGAAGACGAAGUGGUUGCCGCUGUUGCAAGACCUGUACCGCACCGUCGGCGUGCUGGACCGCGAGGAAAGCGCGCUCCAAGCUUUGGAGCAGAAGGAGGAGGAGGAAGCUGAGCAGGCGGCGGCGGCGGCAGAGGCACAGCAGACAUCUGGAGGCGAAGCGAAAGGCGGUGAAGAGGAAGCCGCGAGAAAGAAAAAGAGUCGAGCAGCAGCACCUCCACGGCCCCCAAAAGGCCUCCUCUCGCUGCGCGACUACACCGUCAUCCACGCGGCGCUGGAGGUUGUGGUCCACUGGGGUCUGGUCCCGGUGCUCGAGGCCGGGGUGGGCGUUUUCGAGGCCGACAAGCGGCCGCGGUCCCGGGCGGUCAAGAUUUCCCGGAGAGUCCUGCACUACUGGAGCGCAGAGAAGCGGCGUGUUACCGGCGACGGGCCUUCUCCCCCUCGUCGUCGUCCGAACGCCUCUUCCUCUUGUGGUGAUCCUGUCGCUACCUGGCCCGCUGCAAAGCCAGCUCGUUGCUGCGGCGAGGGAGACGCAACCGCGGGUGGCGCGGACGCGUACGCUCAGCUCGCGCUGUGCGCGGAGGUUGUUCAGGGGGUGGUGACGUCCGGGCAGUUCAUGCCGAUGCUGAUGCCGCUCUACCUGCCGGACCUACUCGCCGCGAGGCUGCAGCUCGUGUUCGGCCGUACCGCCGUCGCCAUGGCCGCAGCGACAGCCGCAACGGCGGCGGUAACAACCACCCCGACCUCAGCCCUCACGGUUCCGGACAACGACGGCGACGAGCGUGCCGCCGCCACCGCCACCGCCGCCGACGGCGAACCGCCGCCACCGAACGGCGCUCCAGCCGAAGGGGACCGCCACCGCCGGUCCCCACCUCCUGCAGCAGUCACGAGUGAGGGGGAAACCGGCACGGCAUCAGCAGCAGCCCACAGCCCCCUUUCGAUGAUGCCACCCCUGCGAGCAAUGGUCCAAGACGCCGGCCCCAGGCAAGUCAUGGGGGCUCUCCGGCACCUCCUCUCGCAGGGCGCUCGGGCCCCUCCGUGGCUCCGCCAGCGGGCAGGCAGGAUACUGUCCGAGAUCGUGCUGCGGCCCGGCGGCGUCCAGGCGACCCUCGAGGUUUACCUGGCGGGGGCAGGAGCGGGAGGGGAGGGGGGAGGGGGCGACGACGAAGGGGAGGGGAUGAAGGCGUGCCUGCGCGUGGCGAAGCUGUUGGCGACGCCCCCGAAGCGCGUGGCGUCGGGGGUCUACGUGUCGAGGGUCGCGCCGCAGCUGGCGGAGAUGCUUCACUUCGACGGGCAGCAGAGGGCGAUCGUGACGAGGGUCGUCGCGAUGAUCGUCGGGAGGCUUUCCGAGUCGAUGCCCGGGGAAACGGGGCGACUGAUUCUCGUCCCGCUGCUGCGACCGCUGCUGCUCUUCUGGGGUCCCACGGCAGGGCAACUUCAUGGCGCCGGCUCGCGAUCACCCGCAGCGGCGGCGAAGAGACACACGACAACAACAACCCGGGCGGGGAAAUCAGGGGGCUCCGCAUCCCGCCCCGUAGGUACGCGGGGGGCUGCAGCUUCCGCAACGACGGGGAGUGCUUCUACUGCUGCUGUUGCUGUUGCUGCCGGGGGAAAGGGUGGCGGCGGCGGCGGCGGCGGCGGUGUUCGAGGGGAUGAUGUUGUGUCGUCCGAGGAGGCGCUGCAGAGGUGCUUGGAGGACCUCGAGAAGCUGCUGACCGCCGCCCCCACCCCGGCGGCGCUGCUGGGUCUGCUUUCCGGGAUGGGCGUCACCGUGCCGCUGUUCCGGCUGCACUGCUUCUGUACGACGGCGAAAUCCCGCAACCUCCAGAGCACCAAGGCGUGCCUCUCCGCCCUCCUCCCCUCCUCCGCCACAGCCGCCUCGGACUUGGUCGCCGGUCUCCUCCCGGUCCAAAGAACGGGGUGGGGAGGCGGGGAGAAGGGCGCGCGGUUUUCCCCGGGCCCCACAGGCGGUACCGUGCUUCGCGCCGCAGCAGCAGUGCCAGCGGUGGCGGGAGGAGGGCCCGCGGGAGGUGGCUUGGUCGAUGAUGAUGCGGGCUCGGGUGCCACCGCCACUGGGGGUCCCGCAGCAGCGGCAGCAGCAGACGGAAGCCUUUUGGGGAUGGAAGCGGCGCUCGAAGGGCUGGGGCUUGAUCCGGAAACGCUGAGGCUGGUUGGGUCCGCAGCCGUGGCGGCCGGGCCGGGGGGGGGGACAGGAGCGGGCUUGGUAGGCGCGCUGGCGGGGCUGAAAGAGGCGGAAGGGAGAGCCCGGGCGGCGGCCGAGUUGCUGGAAGGAUUGGGCGAGAGCUCUCCCGUUGCCGGCAAGGUUUUCGACAUGUUGCUCAGGCGAUAUCUGUCUCUGAGGGAUGGCGGCGGAACCCCGGUGGUUUCCGGCGUGGCAUCGAUGGCUGAAGAAGGAACUGGCCAAUCGGAGCCUUCCGCCUCCGCUGCCGCGGCCGCAGAGCAGCACGCGGUUAUGGCCUCUGUGGUAGUCCUCGCCGAGAGAUUGGGCGCCCGGGUCUUCGGCACGGGCAUGCAGAUGCUGUCGUGCAUUCGGCUGGUGCUGGAGCACGAGCAGCCACCGGUUACGGCGGGCGCGGGACGGACCAGCGGCGGCGGUAGCGAUGGGUAUGUCGAUGCCACGGAAAGGGUGGCUCAGAUGGAAGAAGAAGGAGUUGCAGCAGCUGAAGGCGUUUACGACCUGGGGUCGUCGGGGGGAGAAGCUGACGGGCACGGAGACAACAGCGACGAUACUCUCUGCUCUGUUGUUCUUGCCCUGUUGACGACGGUCCUAGAGCUGGGAGAGGAGGAGCGGAAGGCGGAGGAGGAAGCGGAGCUACGGGCCAUGCUCGGACCGCUCAAGGGCCUAGCCGCCGGGCACCGCAGCGUCGAGGUCGCGGAGAUGUCCGCUCUCCUGUCCGCCUCCAUCCUCAGCCGCGGCUUAUCCCCCGAGGAGCGGCGAGAGGAGCGGGAGCGAGUCGAGCGCGUGGGCGAGGGCGGCACCGGCGCCGGGGGCGAGGCGGAAGGGGAGGAGGAGGCGCGCGCGGCAAGGAUGAUGUCAGCGCUAGACGCCGCCGAGGAGGACCUGCGGAGCGAGGCGGUGCCGUUGCGCGCCAGGGGGGUGGUGACGCUCACAAGGCUUAUGCGAGCAACCUUGGACGGCAGCCCGAGCGGCGGCGGCCGCGGUGGCGGCGGCGGUGGCGGUAGGGUGAACAUGGACACCGCCGUUGCCGAGCGGCUGAUUGACACGUACACGAGGAUGACCGGCGACGGCGACUCGUACGUCUACCUGGCGGCCGUGCAGGGGCUCGCCGCCCUCGCCGACGCGCUCCCCGGGUGGUCCAUCCCUCGCCUUGUCGGCAUCUUUACCGCAACCGCCGCCGCCGCCGCCCAUGGCUCUGCCCCAGGCGUGGACGCGGCAGCGGCGACACCGCUGCCAUUGUCCCAGCGCCUGAAGAUAGGAGAGGCCGUCCUCCUCUCCGCGCGGCGGUGCGGGGAUGCCAUGCCCAAGCACGCGCACCUGUUCGUCAACGCGUUCGUGGUGGCGGCGCGGGAACGGUCUUCCGACGGCAACGGCGGCGGGCCAGGAGGGAACGCUGGGUCCGCAUCCUCUGGUUCCGCCGCCGUCAACGGCGGCACCGCAGCAGCGGUCAACCAGAAGCCGUCGUCGUCUUCUUCGCUUGAGAGCAAGGAGCGGUGCCACUUCCGAGCCAGCUGCCUGUCCAACCUCGCCGAGGUGUGCCAGCUCCUCCGCUGGUCCCUCGGGCGUUUCUCUUACGACGUCGUCGACCUCGCCGCCGGCGUCCUGUCGACGGAGACGGGGGGCUCCGAGGAAUCGACCCUCGCGAGGAGGGGGGCGUCCUUCCUCCUGGGCCGGGUCCUGCGGGGAGCCGGCGGCGAUGUCCUGGAGAUGGUGCCAGCGGCGGAGCUGAGGCUCGCCUACCGAGCCCUCAAGCGCGCGGCGGGGAGCGACCGCGACGAGAUCACGCGCUCUCACGCCCGGAACGGGUUGGGCUAUCUGGACGCCGCCAUCCGCGGGCAGCUGUUUCCGGGUGGUGGUGGUGGUGGUGGUGGUGGUGGUGGUGGUGGUGGUGGUGGUGGUGGUACGGCGGGGGUCGGGGCAAGCGGCGACGUUGAGUCUUCCUCUGCCACCGCGCAUCACCCAGGGAUUACCGUUCUGUGACAAAGGCGUAGGGGAGGUAGAGGACUGAACGCGCGUUGUCGUGACGGGGAUUUUUGUUUUGUUUUUCCUCCCCCGUGCCACUGGUAGCUCGUUGCGUAGGCUGCGGAGCUUUCGAGCUACCGCUCUACUGCUGUUUGCCUUGACACGAAGGUUUUUGUAUGGUAUCGUAACGUUGCUUGCGUUGAUGUGUGUGGCGGUGUGUUCGAGCAACGAGUGAAGGUUUUUAAAUACCUCCGAAGGAGAUCGCUUCGUAGCAGCUUCGAUCGGUGUUAAUAGGUACUCUCGGCGUUGUUGUGAUGCCCUCCCUCCUUCUCACAUCAGAGGUGUCCCCCUGCAGUAUCCGAAAGUGAGUUGGCGCAUCCUAAGCAAGCUCUUAUCCCUUUGCAGGGCUUGCAACCUGCGGCAGCAACAAUUAUUUUCUAGCAGUUUUCACGAAUGAAUGCCUUCGAAGACAAUUUAUUGUUUCGUUUGGUCUGUAUUUUGUCGUUUGCGCGGCAUGCAGGGGUUGUCGCGGCUAUGUACUCUCUGCACUACCGCAUCUGCCUUUCGUAUGCCCUUGUUUUAGAGUUCCACGGGCAUUGCAUUAUCUCGUUUUGGAUGGCUAGUUCGGGAUAUAUAGUUUGCGGGUGUUACUGUUUGCAAGUAGUGUAUAUCCCCGUGCUGCAAACGCACUCGACAAAUUCAUUUAAUUGAAA